AUGAUAUGGCUCCUCUGUCUGUUUCUGUUCUUCCCUUCCCUUAAUUCCAAUAUCUCCUGGAUUUUUCCUUUCCCAAGAUGGCCGUCUUUGGAUGGAAUUAACUCGAGGGAUUAUCAUUAUCCCUGUGGAAUAAACAAAAACAAUAAGAGUAGGCAAAGAGCGGAGUCAAAGGAGCUUCUUUCAGGUCACAAAUACACCUUUGUUCUACAUCGGCCUUAUGUUUUGCGAUGGAAAACGACAGGAAAUCAUAAUGUGAGGUAUUAAAUACAUGACUGCUAAACUGGGUUUUUAGAAAGGUUACAGAAUAAAUCUUUACGAUUCUUCAAACCACUCUAUCCAAAUCCAUCCGUCUUCCAAAUCACAAGAACAAUCCUUUAACAGUAACAUCAACUCUGUCACAAUCUCUUUUAAACACCCAUGCGAUGAUUGUUUUAUGCAAAUUGAGGAGUCCACGACCAGUGGCCCCACUUACUUUAGUUGCGCGGAUAUUGAUAUUCGUGAUAAGGAAGUUACCGCAAGCAAUGUUACCGGUGAAUUGUGCAAGGAAACGCAAUUUGAGGGAGAUUAUUGCCAAUUGAAAGGUAAACGGGUGUUGGGAAUGGGCAUACAAUCUUAUAAUUUUGCAUUUGUUAUCAAUAAAACAUUUAAUAAUGUCAUCUUAUUUUCGUUGAUUGUCAUGAUGACCGUGAUUGUCUAAAUGGAGGGAAAUGUAUUAUCCAGGAGAAGGAAGCAAUCUCCAAGAUUUGUGUUUGCCAAAAUGGAAUGUUUGGAGAUAAUUGUGAGAUGGGUAUGAUCCAUAAAUAACUCUAUGAUUCCUUACAGUCUCAAUAAUGAAUAAAUACGAUGCCUGCUUCAAUAAGGAUGGGCCCAACUCAACGAACUCUUGGAAUUACAUCAGUUAUGGGAUCUUCAACGAUGGAUGUUAUACUCAGACUAUACUCUCUUCGAAUGAUUUUUUAUAUUCACGAGUUAUUUCUGGUCAAAUUGAAUUUAUUAUAGACACAGAAAUUUGCGGAGAAAUUACUCUUGGAUUGAGGCCAAGCUUCUUCGGAAUUGAAUGCAGGGAUUGGCCUGAAGAAUUUCUAGGCGCCGAUAUUAUAAAUUACAGUAAGAAAACGUUUGUUUAAUGCACCUUCAAACCUAGCUGAGAUUGGGCGGAAUUAUCUUCUCGACAUUGCUUCUUGCCUGGAUAUCCUAACGGCUUCAAUAACCUUUGACGGGCACAUAAAUGUACGAGAUGGGUUUGUCUACAGUAAUCACACUCCUCUGUGGGAUACUCAGGUUGGCGGUAAUAGCUCCUUUUCGGCGGCUUUCGGUUGGAAAGUGGCCGGUCGGAUGGUGAUUAUGUUCCGGAAACCGAUCAAAAGUAGGCCUAUCAUGUUUCAGGAGAUCUUACCCUAGAUUACGCAACCCUUGACAGGUCUCGAGCAGGGUCUAGAUCACUCGUUCGGGCCUCAGAUGGUUGGAAUUUUCAUGAAAAGAAGUCAAUCAGCACUCGGCGAUAACACUUAUCAUGAUCGUAGGUUAUUUGUUCAAAGGAUUUCCCUUGUUCUUGGUCUCUGUUUACAUUUACAUUCUAGGUGAUAAUGGCGUCUUCUUCACCCUCAACCUACAAUCGUCUUUAACCGAAGUCGAACGGAGCAGUGGUAUUGAAUUAAUUUCCUCUCCGUUGCAAAUAUUACUGAUGAUUAUAUUUUUUUUUAGUAAAUCUACCUAG